AUGAGGGAUGUCUAUAGUCGGGGGAGUCCUCCAAUCCCAUCGCCAAACGAGACUUUGACCUCCUCUGGCGUACCUCACUCCCACCUGCAGCCUCUCCGAUCGCCCGGUUACCGCCCGCAUGUUCACCAAUCCCAAAAACUGGUCGACCAGCUCGCAGAUAGAGUCGAUGCCCUGGAGAAGUCGACGCUAAACGCACCUCGCUUGUCGCGCGGUGACUCAACCGACGAAGUGAGUGGGUUGACGCCGAUGACUGAGGAUUUACGAUCGCAACCCGAGCGAGAAGAAGAACAAGGACGGAGCAACCACACACUGAAGGAGCUACGAAGACAGAUGGAAGAAUUACUUGUUUAUCAACAGAUGCAACAGACCCAGCCGCCAAAUUCAUCCCAGGCCCAACUCGCGUCAGAACCUUCGAGUGAUACCCCCAGAAAAAGACGACUGUCCACCUCCUCGAUGGAGGUCCCCAUUACCGUGAUGCCCCCCUCUACCGGAUCGACGGAGUCGACUGGAACAGUGACGGGGACCGAGGCCAAAUCCGAUAGUCGCGAUCCACAACAGACGCCAUCUUACCCUUUCCCGCGAAUGCAGAACCAAGCGAUGAAAAGGGGACACGAGCAAACGGGACGUGGACAGUUCAAAUUGAAACUUCCAUCAGAAAAUUUCCCCUCGUCGAUACCAGAGAAUCCAGAACCACACGAAGAAUCGCGGAAGCAGCCAAGUUUCCAGCCAUCUCAAUCCAGUCCGGGCCAGGAAGACCCAAAUUUCCCUAGCCCGGAUCUUUAUGAUCUGACGCUUCAGCUGAAUGCAGACUCGGGGCUCGAAGCAUGGUGGUCUAAUCUCAUUGAAAUAAUGCAGACAAACUACGGAGCCGAGCGUGUUUCUCUUGCCGUCCCAGGAGAUGUUACAGACCUAGAGAAUGUACCCUGGGGACAGAAGGCGGUUUUUAAUCAAAACAUUGAUACCUCCUUGGAAGAAUUGCAAAUGCGCCAUCUCAACAAGGAUACACCAGCAGAGACAUGCCAUCCUCGCAAAAGCCAAGUUCCCAAGAGACCUGAAACAGAUCUACAUCAGCCGAAGGGUCCUGGGUCUCCGCGACCAUCUUUGUUAUCACGCCACUCCUUUGCUGGGUUCGAUAAGAAAAAGACCCAAAUACAGUCUGAGAAGAAGCAUGUACAAAUCGCAGAUCAAGUACAGUCCUCUGCGAGCCAGUCCAACCAAAAGGACAAUACAGAACCCGAAGAUGAUACCCUCAACGCUCUCCUCGGGGAUAUGCGGCAGGCCGUGUUCCCAGUAGCCAGACCAUUGGAGGUGGAGCAUGAUCCUCUCAUCAAGCGCACUGGCGUGGCGAGGCUAUUUGGACGCACUCGCCCUACUGUCUUGACUCGCGAAUAUUCAGAAACCUCACCGCAACAUCCGCAGGCAUGGUCAGACUCCGUCCACAGUCCAAACGAAAUGGUUCAAGUCACCCCAAAUGCCGAUGAUUCCGGCCCCAAAGGAAUGGGACAUGCCGCGAUACAGCACAGCAUCGGUUCUCUUGGAUUGAGGCUGUAUGAUGAGUACGAACAAGUCCCGCAGUCUCCCUGGUCCCAAUCUCCAGCUCCUUCGCCUGCACCCCGUACACAUGCAGAUAAUAAUCCUUUCUUUACCAAUCAUACGGUCGACGAGGGAGCCUUUUCCCAAAAUCCGCCUUCACACGAUUACGCCAACAAUUUGCCGUUAGAAGCGAUCGGCAUUGAUCAGUCCAAGACGGUAAUUCAUGUCCCUCUCAUACAUGGAGGCAACUCCAAUAAGGGUUCAUCGUCGACACUACGAUUCCCCGUUGCGAUUGUGUCAAUGUUGUGCACAAUUGUCCCAUACCCGGCCAACCUCAGGCAGUCACUGGCGUUCCUCAUGCCACAUUUGACAACGUCAUUCUGUUUAGCUCAACGUUAUAGUCAGCUUGAAAGGCAACUAUCGUCGAAGGUAGAGAGUCCUCGUUAUGGGCACCUCUUAGGCCUUGGUGGGACGUUCUCAGAUGCAAGCAGUGAGAUGGAGCUUGUGGCAGGGCUCAGUGGACAUGUCAGCUAUUCAGUUGGCGAUAACACAAACCCAAUGUCCACGCACGCCAGCAUUCCUAGCCCCAGUGAUCAUUCUUCUGCGAGGUAUAGCCCUGCCAUUUCCGCGCUUGGAACGCCCGGGUUUGAGCUUGGUCAUCUAGGGUUUGGAUCUGCGACUCAGUCCCCAGGAUUGACAUCGCGAUCUGCCGGAGAAGGCACUGACAGUUAUUUCAAUGUCGCGCAAUACAAAGCGUCUCGGGACCCUUACUCCCAAACCAGACCGCGACUCUCCAAGGCGAAAACCAAUAUUGAGACGUCGGCAUCCAUCUCCCCGGGGAGAUCCGCGACAAAGCCAUCCACAAUUGAGGAGCACAGCUCACAGGAUUCUUUUGUUCUGUCGCCGCUACAAGAGGUCAGACCACCGCAUGCUCUUUCGCCAACCCAGCAAUCAUCUCGGCAGGCCUCGACAAACUCGCUCUAUGCUCAACUGCAAAGGGAGCUCCCGCGCCCGUUCUCUGAUACCAUAGCCCAAUUGAUGCUCAAUUCGAUCCCACUGCAUCUUUAUCUGGCAAAGCCGCAGAGCGGCGAGGUUAUUUGGACUAACUCCAAAUUUGAUGCUUACAGACGAAGUCAGCAUCAAGAGCAAAAAUUGCGGGACCCAUGGCAGAACAUACAUAGCAGCGAGCGUGACAAUGUCAGUAGCAAAUGGGCCACUGCUCUGUCAACGGGCGCUCAAUUCACUGAACGAGUGCGAGUCCGAAGAUUCAACGAUGAGUCGGCAUAUCGCUGGUUCAUUUUCCGGGCCAACCCAUUGUUAUCCUCCACUGGAGAAGUUCUCUACUGGAUUGGAUCUUUCCUCGACAUCCAUGAACAACAUAUCGCUGAACUGGAAGCUUUGCAAGAAAGAGAGAAAUUUGCGAUUGAUGCUAAGUAUCGAGCAUUCUCCAAUUCCAUCCCUCAGGUUGUUUUCGAGGCAACAGAAAACCGCGGCUUGAUCUUCGUCAACGAGCAGUGGAGUCUGUACACAGGCCAAACAAUCGAGGAGGCGCACGAUUUGGGAUUCACCAAACAUGUGCAUUCUGACGAUUUGGAGAAGUGUGGAGGACUUUCCCUCAACAAAGCAGCCAGUGCCUUUGACGAUGAUUCUGGUAAACCUUCCGAGUUCUUGGUUGGAUCAGCCCUAGAUGAACUCGUCAGACGUGGCGUUGCUUCGUUGCAAAAAGAUGAGAAUGGUCGAGUGUUCUACUCAACUGAGAUUCGUCUUCGUUCUCGAGGUGGUGAUUUCCGCUGGCAUUUGGUUCGUCUAGUUCGCGUGCAGACAAGCAGUUUUGGCAGCGAGGAAGCCUCCUGGUACGGAACCUGCACCGAUAUCAACGACCGCAAGAACCUUGAAAGAGAACUCAACAAGGCAAUGCAACAGCUGAACAACCAAAUGGAGUCGAAGACGAAGUUCUUCAGCAACAUGUCGCACGAAAUUCGGACACCGCUUAAUGGUAUACUCGGCACUAUUCCGUUCAUUCUGGACACACAACUUGAUAGCGACCAACGAAGAAUGCUUGACACCAUUCAGAAUAGCUCCACCAACCUUCGCGAGCUGGUGGAUAAUAUUCUCGAUGUGUCUCGUGUCGAAGCUGGCAAGAUGUCAAUGGUUAACUCCUGGUUCCAUGUCCGGUCGAUGAUUGAGGAUGUGAUUGAUACCAUCGCCUCACGGGCGAUUGACAAAGGUCUUGAAAUCAACUACCUCAUUAGUGAAGAUGUUCCAUCAAUGGUGAUUGGAGAUCGCUUCCGAAUUCGCCAAGUCCUGAUCAACCUCCUCGGAAACGCCGUCAAGUUCACCGCGCAAGGUGAAAUUCACAUUUGCUGUGAGAUGCACCGGAAUAUGACCGGAGGACCCAAUGAAACUCAGGCAUUCAUGAACUUCGAGGUUGUGGAUACCGGCAAAGGUUUCAGCUCCCACGAUGCUGAACGCUUAAUGCAGCGGUUCAGUCAAUUGGGAGAAAAUGGGUCACAGCAGCACGCAGGCAGUGGUCUGGGCCUUUUCCUGUCAAAGCAACUCGUCGAAAUGCAUGGUGGCAAGCUCACACCCAGCAGUAAAGAGGGUCAGGGGGCUAAAUUCUCCUUCAACGUCAAGGUUGAUGCGCCGCCGCCUCCAUCCCCAUCCGAGCAACCAAGCUUGAUGCGCCAGAGUUCGAGCGCUUCAAGAAGACCAGCCAACUCAAGAACCACCUCUUAUCAACAAGCACCGCCGCUGGUUGCCAGAAGCUCCGACUCGUCCAACAGAAGCUCCACUGUGAACCAUUCGUCUUCGCUCUCCGUUGCGUCUUCAUCUCUCCCUACCCCUGAUGCUGGCAUCACACCUUUACCGCCUCCGGUGGAUCAGACAAGUGCUGUGGCUCAUAUGCCAGAUGCUGUUUCAGGUUCACAAAUCAAACCUUCCGUUACCAAGUCCAGCUCAUCCCCAACCCGCGGUUCGCCUUUAUCGCAGGCCUCUCUAUCACCUGGCGCCAUUACAGGGAAAGUGGCGGUGCCAUCCCAAGGUCCUUUCUCGAUCGUCGUCCUGUGUCAUCUUGAGAACUCGAAGAAGGCCAUCAAACAACACAUCCAACAUGUUGUUCCUCACGAGAUUGACUUCAAGGUGAAGACGUUACCCGAUUUGGAUGAAUGGAAAGACAUGAUGCAUUCUGCUUCCGGCUCGGCGCCCUGCACGCAUCUCGUGCUGAACCUCCCAACUGAUGAUAUCUUGGAAGUCAUUCAAAAUGUUUCUGACAAAGUGAUGGACCCUGCGCCGGUUGUGGUCAUUAUCGCAGACCUCUACCAAAAGCGCCAAAUCAGCACCCGGGUCAAAGAGCUGGCUAGCCUUGGGACGCAAGUCUUCAUUGUGCCGAAACCCGUCAAACCUUCUGCUUUCUCGGCCAUCUUCGAUCCUGAGAGCAAACGCGAGCUUAGCAAGGAUCGCAAUCAAGACAUGGCCCGCGAGAUCAAUAAUAACUUCAAGACUGUCUCGAAGAUGGUCAAGGAAGUGUUGGGAAAUAAGGGAUAUCGUGUCUUGCUUGUUGAGGACGAUGAAACCAAUCGCGAUGUCAUGCUGAAAUACUUGGACAAAAUCAAACUUAUGUCAGAGACUGCCUCCAAUGGACUGGAGUGUACCAACAUGGUUCUCUCGAAAGAACCAGGAUAUUACUCUCUCAUCAUUUGUGACAUCCAGAUGCCCAUCAAGAACGGUUAUGAAACCUGCAAAGACAUUCGUGACUGGGAGCAAAGGAACCAUUACCCCCAGAUUCCUAUCAUGGCUCUUUCCGCCAACGCCAUGACCGACCAGAUUGAGAAUGCCGCCCGCGCAGGCUUCAAUGACUAUGUGACCAAGCCGAUCAAACACAACGAAUUGGGCAAGAUGAUGAUGGGUCUUCUCGACCCUAGUCGACCGCUUAUGCUCCUCCGUGAUCGACUUGGUGCAGAGCGCCAAAGUGCAGCCUCUGCGCGUCGCUAG